AUGCCCCGAUCAGAUUGAUCAACGGUCCUAACUCCUGCUCUGGGAGAGUGGAGGUCUACCACAGUGGUAGCUGGGGGACGGUGUGUGAUGACUCGUGGGACUUGAGUGACGCCCAGGUGGUUUGUAGACAGCUGGGCUGUGGGAGCGCUCUGUCUGCACCACACCAAGCCCACUUCGGACAGGGGAACGGGACAAUAUGGAUGGAUGAUGUUGGAUGUACAGGCAGCGAAUCUAAUCUCACAAGGUGCAGUCACAAUGGGUUUGGGAGACACAACUGUAAUCAUGGUGAAGACGCUGGUGUCGUCUGUUCGGACUCAGAGCGUCCUUCCAACUUAGGCCCAGAGCUGGUGUGUGGUCGGCGCCUCCUAGAGGUGGGUCUCAGCCGGUCUGCUCUGGAGACUGCAGGUCUGAACGCGUUCUCUGCUCACCUGGCCGACCUCGGCUGCUCCUCCCACCAGGAAGCUAACGGCACAGUGUGGUACCAGGUGGAGCGCAGGGAGGGACGCUGUGGAAACACACUGACGACCAACAGCAGCCAUGCCAUCUACUCCAACAGUUUAUUCAUCUACCAGGUGCACAAUGUCUCCUUCACCCGACCCGUGAGCAUACCUUUCUCCUGUGCCUAUCCGCUAGACACAGAGAGCAGCCUAGAUGUGGCCGUCGUACCCUACCUGCCGGUGGAAGGUGGAGUUUCAGGUAUUGGCUCCAAGGCAUCAGCCUCCAUGUCUCUGUACCACAACUCCAACUACACAGAGCCUUACCCAGCGGGUCAGAGAGUCACUCUGCCACUGGGCUCUGCUCUGCAUGUGGGUGUGUCCGUCAACGAGACGGAGACGGAGCGAUUUGUGGUUGUCCUGGACAACUGCUACCGCACUCACUCCCCAACCCUGAUGACCCUAUGAGAUAUUUCAUCAUUCAGAACAAAUGUCCUAGUGAUCGUACCCAGGUGAGUGGAGGAGAGUGGCUCAUCACUCGAGGCUCGCUUCUCUGCGCUGCUGUUUGUGUUCCAGGGGACUACCAGGACGUCUCCUGCACUGCAGCCUCAGCCUGUGUGACCAGAGGAGCUCCUCCUGCACUCCAUUGUGUUCCAGACGAAGGAGAUCCCGUUCCAUCUCCAGUUCCGUCCCCCUUAAUCCCGUCACCAUCGGUCCAAUCAGCUGGACUUGGAGUCUGGACUGAGCCUUGGGAGGUACUGCAGUGAGCCGUAUCUGAUUCAUUGUCCUUAUACUAUUAAAUGUACUUUUUCACAUA